AUGGGCUCUCCAGUUUCUGUUGUUGUAGCAGAAAUUGUCAUGCAAAACAUCGAGGAACAAGCCCUAGCUACCUACACGCGAACUGUACCUCUUUGGUUACGUUACGUUGACGACACAUUCACCGCCGUACACAAAGACGGAAUCGACGAUUUUCACGAACACCUUAUAAUUGUGACCUUUCACAGGAAUUUGAUGCUAAAGGUGAAAGCACGCUCACGACACGCUUGCACGACACGCUUAGCGUGCCGCAGAUCACGGAUAUGCGCAUAUUAAAUUGGAAAAACAAAGACGGACACACUUGCCUUUGUUUUGAUAAAUUUAACACGCUAGACCUUUUGCUUUUUUGUAGCGUGCCAUAUGUCACGGUAAGUGUGCGAAUUACAGCACGCUUAGCGUGCAAUUGGGGUAAGACAUGUAAGAUCGUAAGAUCGUAACCAUAGCCAUUUGAAAAUCACCACUUAAUGGUCGUCUAGCCUGGAAUUAAUGCGAGAUCAGUGUAAACCAAUUUCUCCGGCUGUCGGCUGUUGACCGGAAUCGCAAAGACGCCUGCUAUCGCAUGCGAGGCACUAAAGUUAUGUCGCCUGAAAAUUAUAGUUAUGUCACGUACCGGAAUAUUUAUUAGCAGUUAUGCACAGAGAAAUGAAGUUGAAUAAAUUAGUUUAAUAUAAAAUUAUUUCUUUAAGCCAUGCUGAGACGAACGAAGGUAAUUAAAUCGGAGAAACAAAAACUGCCUAGAAUUUUCUAUAGGUUGAGGAAGGCUAAACAUUUCUAGAUGACCGUUCCAUGCAUAUACAAUUUUCGAAGCUUAUCUAUCCCUAGCUAUUUUUCGUAGAGAAAGGAAUCCUAAAAUUUUCGGAACCGAAAAUACGAUGAAAUUCUCACUUUCCUAAAACUUUCAAUUGGAAGCUGUUUAUACUUUUCAAGCGACAACGUUUUUUCAAUCAGAUACUAUCGCUGCGAUCGCUUAGGUAGAACUUUUUCUUUCUCGAUAGUUACCAAAAAAGGGUACCGUUCAUAAUCAUUUACGGUUCCUUUUUGUAGGGGAAAUUUAUUUAGCUUAUAGAUAACACGCCUUGCGUGGUUUUGCGCACACUGAAAGCGUGUCGUGCUUUUUCGCACGGAGCUUUUGUUUGAAAACUUUAACACGCUCUUUUGUUCGACUUGCUCACGCUUAAUUGUCUCAAGCGUGUCCUCUGAAACAAAAGAAAUUGCUAAUGAGACAAGAUUGCAAGCGUGCUAAAGCGUGUUAAAAUAAAUUCUUUUGUUUUAAAGUGAAAGCGUGUCGUGCGCGUGCUUUCACCUUUAGCAUUAAAAUCCUGUGGAGGGUCACAAUUAACAGAUCGGCUAGACAGAACGCCGACAUACAGUUCACCAAGGAGAUCGAAGAAAAUGGUAAGAUACCUUUUCUAGACUGCUUGGUCACUCGUGACAACAACAAACUAAAAACGACUAUUUACAGAAAACCGACACAUACCGACCGAUUACUAGACCAGUCUUCGUACAACCCGACCUCUCACAAGGCUACUACUAUCCGGACUCUGACGAGACGAGCGCAACUAGUUUGCGACUCACCUGACAGCCUACAAGACGAGACUGAUUAUCUUAACAACGUUUUUAGUAAGAACAAAUACAACACGGACUUUGUUAGACGGAACACUCACAGUAACACUGAUUCCAACACUCAGACCAACUCUGGCCCUGUUACAUAACAGCGACCAUACCGUACAUCAGAGACACAAUUAUAAGGUCACAAUUAUAAGGUGUUCGUGAAAAUCGUCGAUUCCGUCUUUGUGUACGGCGGUGAAUGUGUCGUCAACGUAACGUAACCAAAGAGGUACAGUUCGCGUGUAGGUAGCUAGGGCUUGUUCCUCGAUGUUUUGCAUGACAAUUUCUGCUACAACAACAGAAACUGGAGAGCCCAUAGCCUUACCGUGUAACUGUUUGUGGUGUUUGCCGUUGUACCGUUUCUGAUGUUGUUGCUGUUCCUGUUUCUGAUGUUGUAGCAGAAACUGUCAUGCAAAACAUCGAGACUGAUUAUCUUAACAACGUUUUCAGUAAGAACAAUUACAACACGGACUUUGUUAGACGGAACACUCACAGUAACACUGAUUCCAACACUCAGACCAACUCUGGCCCUGUUACAUAACAGCGACUAUACCGUACAUCAGAGACACCUCCGAAACUAUUGCACGUAUAUUACAACCUUACAAUAUACGUCUUGCACACAAACCGAUACUCCCAACCACUUUACGGCGACUGCUUACUAAUGUCAAGGACAAAAACAAACAGGAGGACAGACAGGGAGCAGUAUACAAGAUCAAAUGCUGCGACUGCCAGGCUUCUUACAUUGGUGAAACCGGCAGAAACCUAAGCACGCGACUGACCGAACACAAACGAGCGACGAGGAAUGGUGACGUCAACAAUCACAUCGCUGAGCACCAUUUAAAGACGAAACAUCAAAUUGACUGGGACUCUGCGACAUGUAUAACGUAUUCUACAGACUACUUUCAACGUCUUACUUUAGAAAGCUGGUUUACUAACUUAGAACAAACGCCACUGAAUCGUAGCUAA